AUGCCUAACCAGCUCAUCAUCGACAACAAGCCCGAGUCCACUAUCGAGCACACUGCCCCCGUCUCCGCCCUCCCCGUCGAGGGCGGAGACGCCGUCAAGGCCCCCGUCACUGCCGCUGCCCCGGCUGACGAGGUCGCCUCGCAGACCCCUUCUUCCAUCACCGCCUCCCCCACCCCUUCUCUCACCAAGAUUCCCGAGUGGCACGGACUCCGUGGCUAUGGCCGCCGCCGUCGCAGCCGCUACUCGGAGGCUACCUCGGAGGGCGACUCGGAGGACUCGACCGCCAAUGACGACGAGGCCAUCCACUGGCGCAAGGGAACCGAGUUCCACGCCGGCGAGGUCGUCUGGCACAAGGGCCGCGCCUACCGUGCCAAGCAGUCGCACACUGGCUCGCACGACAUUACCGUCAAGAACCGUGACUACUGGCAGCGCCUCCACUUUAGCACUUACACCACUACUCACUUCAAGUUUGCUGAGGCUCCCGAGGACGUGGAGGAGCCCGAGGACGACCUCGUCCGCUGGACCCGCGGCACCCCGUACCCCCAGGGCGCCGUCGUCUUCUACCACGGCAGCCCGUACGUGAACCUCCAGGACCACGUUGCCACCAACUUUGCCGACCAAACCGACCUCUGGGAGCGCAAGGUUGAGGAGGCCCCAGUCGUUACCGAGGCCCCGAUCACCACCGAGCCUGAGGUGGUCGCCGAGCCUGAGACCUCUCCCGCUGUCGUUGCGGAGCCCGCUGAGGUUGUUGCUGAGCCCCAGACUGCUGCCGAGGCCGCGGUUGUUGAGGCUCCGGUCGCUACCCCUGAGCCUGUCGUUGCGGCCCCGGCCGAGGUCACUCCGAUCGAGGUCGCCCCUGUUGCUGAGGCCCCAGUCGUCGAGGCCACGACCGUCGUUGAGACCGCUCCCCUGAUCGAGACCGCUCCUGUGGUCGAGGUCGCCCCUGUUGAGGUCGCCCCUGUUGUCACCCCCGCCGAGGUCGCCCCCGCCGAGGUCGCCCCCGCCGAGGUCGCCCCCGCCGAGGUCGCCCCCGCCGAGGUCGCCCCCGCCGAGGUCGCCCCCGUCGAGGUCGUGCCUGUUGUGGAGGCUAAGGUCGAGGCCGCUCCGGUCGAGAUUGCUGCCGUUGAGGCCGCUCCUGUCGAGGCCGCUCUUGUCGAGGCCGCUCCUGUCGCGACCUCUCCUGUCGAGGUCGUUCCUGUCGAGGCCGCCCCCGUCGAGGUGCUGCCCGUUGAGGAGACCAAGGCCGUGGUCCCCGAGGUCGUCGCGGCCGUCCCCGAGCCCGUCGCCGAGGCGAUCGCCCCCACUGAGACUGUCGUCGAGGCUGAGGUCAUUCCCCAGGUCGAGGUCGCUCCCCAGGGCGAGGUCCCCGUCACUAUCGUUGAUAAGGAUCCCCUCAUCAUCAGGGGUCUCGUCGUUGUUCCCGCCGGUACCGCUGUCGAGGAGAUUGUUCCCGCUGUGGCCCCUGUCGAGGAGGCCGCACCCAGGGCGGAGGAGGUUGUGGUCGAGGCCACGCCUGCUGCCGUCGAGGCGACCGUCGCCGCGGAGGCUGUGGAGGUCGUCGCUGCCGCUGAGGAGGUCGCCCCCAAGGUCGAGGCCGUCGCCCCCGCCGAGACUGUGGUCGAGGCCUCUCCCGCGCCCGUUGAGGCCGCUCCUGCCACUGUCGAGGCUACCCCUGCCACCGUCGAGGCCGCUCCUGCCCCUGUCGAGGCCACCCCGGCCGCUGUCGAGGCCACUCCCGCCCCUGUCGAGGCUACUCCUGCCGCCGUCGAGGCCGUUCCUGCCGUUGAGGAGGUCGCCCCUAAGACCGAGACGGUCGCCCCCGUCGAGGUCAUCAUCAAGCCGGAGGUCGUUCCGGAGGCUGAGGCUCCCGUUGUCGCCACUAUCACGGAGCCCGUUGAGGUCAUCGGCCUCGAGGUCGCCCCUGCCGACGCUGUUGUCGAGGAGAUUACUCCUGCUGCGGCUACCGCCAAGGAGGUCGUCGAAGUGGAGCCUGUCGUCGCUGUGGCCACGCCAGCUCCUGUCGAGAUCGUGGAGGCCGCCCCUGCCGUCGAGGAGGUCGCCAAGAUCGCUGCCACCCCUGCGCCUGCUGAGGUUGUGGUUGCCGAGACCAUCGUCGAGGCCGCACCUAUCGCUCCCGUCACCCCUGUCGCCGCCGUCGUCGAGGCCCCCGCCCCCGCCGUCGUCGAGACUGCCGCCCCCGCCGUCGUCGAGACUGCCCCCGCCGUUGAGGCCCCUGCCAUCGUCGACGCCCCUGCUGUCGUCGAGACCCCUGCGGUCGAGACCCCUGCCGUGGUCGAGGCUCCCACCGUCGUCGAGAAGGUCGAGAAGGUCGAGGCUGUGGAGGCCCCCGCCGCUGUCGUCGACACUCACGCCGUUGCUGAGACUCCGGCUGCUGUCGUCGAGACCCCCGUCGCUGUCGAGAAGGCUGUUGUCGUCGAGGCUCCCGCUGCCGCUGUCGAGGCUCCUAUCGUCACUGAGGUCGCUCCCGCCGUUGUCGAGACCCCCGCUGCCGUCGUCGUCGAGACCCCCAUCGCUGUCGAGACCGCUGUUGUUGUCGAGGCUCCCGCACCCGUCGCUGAUACCCCCGUCGAGGUUCCCGCCGCUGUCGAGUCCCCCAUUGUGGCCGAGACGGUGGAAGUUGUGGAGGUCCCUGUCGCCGUCGAGGUCCCCGUCACCAUCGAGGCCCCCGUUGCGGUCGAGGCCCCCGUCGCCGUCGAAGCCCCCGUCGCCGUCGAAGCCCCCGUCGCCGUCGAAGCCCCCGUUGUCGUUGAGGCCCCUGUGGUUGUUGAGGCUCCCGCUGUGGUCGAGACCGCCAUCGCUGCGGAGGCCUCCCCUACUGUCGUCGAUGCUCCUGCGGCUAUCGAGACUCCGGCUGUUGUUGAAGCACCUGCUCAUAUCGUUGAGGCCGCGGUUGUUGCCGAGACCCCGGCUGCCGUGGAGACCCCAGCUGUCGUUGACCCGGUGAUCGCCGUUGAGACGCCCGUUGCCCCUGCGGUCGAAGUUGAUGUCGCUCCUAAGGCCGAGACGGAGGUCGUUCCCGAAGUCAUCAAAGCUGGGAUCACCCCCGCCCCUGCCGCCGUCCAGGAGCCUGCGGUGGUGGAGGCUGUUGAGGUCGCCCCCGUUGCCCCUGUUGUCGAGGCCUCCGUCGAGGCUGUCGAGACCCCCGUCGUUGCUGAGAUCGCAGUUGUCGCUCCCGUCGAAGUCGCCGCCGUUGAGCCUCCCCCCGUCGAGGCCACUCCUGUCGUCGAGGAGGCCCCUGCUGCUGAGGUUGAGGCCGUCAAGAUUGUCGAAUCCGUCACCCCUGUUGUCGAGGCCGCUCAAGUCCCCGAGGUCUCGGCCCCCGCUGCUGAGGCUGUCGCCGUCGAGGCCCCAGUCGAGGCUGAGGUUGCACCCGUCGUCCAGGCCGAGGUUGUCGCUGACAAGGUUGUUGUGGAGGCCCCUGCGGAGGUCGUUGCCGCCCCUGUCCCCGUUGAGACCGAGGUCGCCGUUGCCGUUGAGGCCCCCGCCGCCGUCGAGGCCCCCGUCGUCGUCGAAACCCCUGCCGUUGUGGAGACCCCUGCCGCCACCCCCGCCGUCGUUGAGGAGGCCAAGACUGUUGCCCCUGAGGGGCCCGCGCCCGUCAAGGAGGAGGCUGCCCCUGUCGCCCCCGCCGCCCCCGUCGUUGCCGAGCCUGAGGCCAUCAAGAUUGAGGCUCCUGCCCCCACUGAGACGACGGUUGUUGUUCAGGAGGUCGCGGCCGAGGAGGCUGCUCCUGCCCCCGUGGAGGUGCCUGCUGCCGCCACUGAGACCAUCGAGGCGGAGGUGAAGGCCCUUCCCGUCCCUGUCGAGGCUGUCGCUGUCCCCGUGGAGGUGGUCACUGCCCCUGUGGAGACCGUCAAGACCGAAGUCGAAGUCGCCCCGGCCCCUGUUGAGACUGUCGCCAUCCCUGUUGACACCGUCGCUGCCCCCGCAGAGCCUGUUGUCGCCAAGGACCUCCCCAAGGUUGAGGCUGAGGCCGAGGCCGUGGUUGCCCCCGUCGAGCCCCAGGUCGUUCCUGAAGUCGCCCCGGUCGCCCCUGCCGAGGUCGCUCCCGUGGCUGAGGUUGAGGCUGCUAAGGCUGCACCCACUGAGACUACCUCGGCCGCCACGGUUGAGGAGAUGGUUGUCCCCGUCGAGGAAGUCGCUGUUCCUGUCGAGGAGGCCGCCACCCCUGUGGAGACCGUCGAGGUCCCCGCCGUCCUCGACGUCGAGCCCGUCGCCAUCGUCGAGGUUCAGCCCACCGUCGUCAACGAGACGCCUGCCCCCGCCGCCGAGGUUGUCACUGCCGUUGUCAAGGCUGUGGUUGCUGAUGCUGCCCCGGUCGUUGAGGCUGCGCCCGUUGUCGAGGCCAUCGUGGUUGCCGAGCCCGCCAAGGUCGAGGUCGUGGAGAUCACUCCUGUCGUCGCCGCUCCCGUCGAGGUUGUGCCUAUUGAGGUCAGCCCCGCCGUCGUCCCCGCUGUCGAGGCCGCCCCCAUCGUCGAGGCCACCCCCGUCGUUGAGGUCACUCCCAUCAUCGAGGCCAGCCCCGUUGUCGAGACCGUCCCCGUCGUCGAGACCGCCCCCGUCGUGGAGGUGGUCGCCGAGGCCGUUUCCGUCACCGAGGCCGUGCCCGUCGUCGACACCGUGGAGGUGAAGGCGCCUGUCGAGGAGACCAAGGUCGAGACUAUCGCCGAGGUUUCGCCCGCUCAAGAGGAGGCUACGAAGGAGGCGCCCGUUGUGGUCGCUGAGCCUAUCGCCGAGCAGGUCAUCGCCUCUACCGCUGAGGUGGUCGCCCCUGUUCCCGCUGCUGUCGAAGUCGCUCCCAUUGAGGCGGAGCCCGUGACUGCCGCUCCCAUCGAGGUUGUGGCCGUCGUCGCCGACGCUGAGCCUAUCCCUGAGGCCGUUACCGAGGUCCCGGUCGCCGUUGAGGUCUCGGCUCCUGUCGCUGUGGUCGAGGUCGAGCCCACUCCUGUGGCCAUCGAGGCUGUUGCUGCCGUCGAAGUGACUGUCGAGGCCCCAGCCGUGCCUGAGGUGGUCGAGGCUGCCAAGCCCGUGGCCGAGGUCGAGGUCGCCAUCGCCGAGCCUGUUGCUCCGGUCGUCGAGGUCGCCACUCCUGCCGUUGAAACUACCACUCCAGUUGAGACUCCCGCCGCUGUUGCGGAGGCCGCCGCUCCCGUGGAAGCGGUCGUCGCUCCCGUGGCGGAGGCCGCCACCCCUGCCCCCGCACCUGUCGCUGAGGUCAUCGCCCCCGUUGUUGAGGCCGUCGCCCCCGUCGUCGAGACUGCCGCUCCCGUUGAGGCCCCCGCACCCACCGUUGAGGCCCCUGCUAAGGCCGCCGUCGUUUCGACGGAGUCCGUCGUGGAGGCUGCUCCGGCCCCUGUUCCGGAGGCCGUUGUGGCGGCGCCCGAGCCCGUUGCUGAGGUCAAGUCUGAGGCUCCUGUCGCCGAGACUCAGACGCCCGUGGAGGUUGUCGCCGAGGUCGUCGAGGAGGUAAAGGCUGUUACUGAGGUGGAGAAGCCCGCCAAGGUCCCUGCCCCGGCCCCCGCCACGGAGGCGGUGGUCGAGUCUACCCCCGCUCCCAAGGAGGUCGAGGUCGAGAAACCAGUGAUCGCCGAUGCCGUCCCUGCCGUCGAGGCCCCCAAGGCCGUCGAAGUUGAGACCACCCCCAUCGUUGAGACCGCCCCGGCUGUUCUCGAGAAGGCUGUCGUCGCCCCCGCUGUUGUGGAGGCCACGCCCGUCGCGGAAGUCGCCGUCGUUGAGGAGGUCGCUCCUACCGUUGAGGAGGUCGCUCCUGCCCCCGCCUCGGAGGAAGCUGCUCUCGUCACUGAGAAGGUCGUCAAGGUCGAGGAGCCCAAGCAAGAGGCUGCCGCUCAAGAGAUUGUCGAGGUCAAGGUGGAGACACCCGCCACCCCUGUCGCCGAGGCUGUGAUCGCUGAGACCCCCAUCGAUGUCGAGGUUGCUCGCGCAGCGGAGUCGAUUGUGGAGGUUCAGCAGCCCGUGGUGGAGGGCCCCGUCGCCGAGGUUGAGCCCGUGAUUGACACUGCCCCCGCGGCAGAGGUUGUCAUCGUGGCUACUCCCGUCCUCGAGGCCGUUCCGGAGCCCGUCGCCGUCGUGGAGGCCACUCCUAUCGCCGAGCCAACGCCCGUGGCCGAGACCGCGGCCCCUGUCGUCGAGGCCGCUGUCCCUGUCGUUGAGGUCGCCGCCCCUGUCGUUGAGGCCGCCCCCGUUGUCGAGGUCGCUCCCGUCGCGGAGGUCGCCCCCGUUGUCGAGGUCGCCCCCAGUGUGGAAACCGCCGAGGUGGCCGCUACCGUUGCUGAGGCUGUCGCCGCAACCCCUGUCGCCGCUCCCGUCGAAUCGACGCCCGCAUCUGUUGAAGCCACUCCUGCCCCCGUUGUCGAGGCAGAGGUUCAGCCUGCUCCGGUCGCUGUUCAGGAGCCGGUGGUGGAGGUCGUCGCCGUCCCUGUCCAGCCCGAGAUUGCCACUUCCACCGUUGUCGAGGAGGCCAAGCCCGAGAUUGCCCCUGCUGGGGUGAUCGAUGAGCCCAAGGUCGAGGCUAUCGCCGAGCCCGUUGUGGCCGCCCCAGCUGAGCCCGCUGCCACUGCUGCUGGGCCUGUUGUCGCUGCUUCCGAGCCUGCCGUUACCGUCGCCGAGCCCGUCGCUGCCCUUGCCGAGCCCGUCACUGCCCCCGCCGAGCCUGUCGCCACCGUCGCCGAGCCUGUCGCCACCGUCGCCGAGGUCGUUGUCCCCGCCGCCGAGCCCGAGGUCCCCGUUCUCGAGACCAAGGAGGUUCCUGUCGUCGAGGCUGUUACCCCUGAGGCCAACGUCGAGGCUGAGGUUACUCCCGCUCCCACUGCCGAGCCCGUGGCCCCCGUUGUCGAGGCCGCACCUGUCGCCGUGGUCGCUCCCGUCCAGGCUGCCCCCGUCGUUGAGGCUGCUCCUGCCGUCGAGACUGUUCCUGUUGUGGACGCUCCUGUUGUCCCUGCUCCUGCUGUGACCGAGACUCCUGGCGUGGAGGUCGCUACCACCGCCGUCGAGGUCGCCACUCCCGCCGUCGAAGUCGCUACUCCCGCCGCUGAGGUCGCUACCCCUGCCGCCGAGAUCGCUGUUCCCGCCACAGUUGAGGAGGUCAAGCCGGUUGCCGAGACCGUCCCUGUCGUUGCCGAGGCUGAGACCGCGGUCGUUGCUGAAGUCAUCGCCGAGACUCCCGCUGCUGCUCCCGUUCAGGAGGUUGCUGCUGUUGAGGAGGUCGCCGCUGCUCCUGCUCAGGUUGAGCAGGCCCCUAUCGAGGAGGUGACCAUUGCCACUACCGAGCCGGUUGUCGAGGCUCCCAAGGAGGUUGCGGAGGAGAUCAAGGAGGAGGUCAACGAAGUCGUCAAAGAGGAGAUCAAGGAAGAGGUCAAGGAGGAGAUCAAGGACGAGGUUAAGGUUCGUUGCGUUCAAGCGAUAUCUCUUACUGACAUUCUCCAGCCUGAGGUCCCUGCCGUGGUCGAGGAGGCCGUCACUGCUCCUGCUGCCGAGGUCGAGGACGUUACCCCGGCCCCCGUUGUCGAGACCGUUCAGACUGUCGCCGAGGUUGUCGUUGAGGCUCCGGCUGCCGUGGAGACUGUUGCUGUCCCCGAGCCUGUUGCGGAGCUUGUCGUCGUCGCCGCCCCUGUUGACACCAAGGAGGAGGUUGUUGAGGUUACCCCUAAGGAGGUGACCCCCAAGGCGGUCGCUACGGAGGAGAUAGCCGCCCCCGCGCCAGCCGUGGUUGCCGAGGAGAAGGUGGCUGAGGCCGUCGCCGUUGUUGAGGAGCCUGUGGUGAAGGCCGAGCCUGCCUCCGCCCCCGCCGCUGUUGAGGCGGAGGUGGUCCCUGUGGCUGCCGUCGCUGAGGUUGUCGCUGUCGCCCCCGCUGUCGUGGAGGCCAUCACCGUCACUGAGGCUCCCGUCGCUGUCGAGACUCCCGCCGUCGUUGAGGCUGAGGUCAUCGCCCCGGCUCCCGUUGUUGUCGAGAAGGAGGUUAUCACCGAGGCCCCGGCUGUUGUUGAGGCGGAGGUCAUCGCCCCCGUUCCCGUAAAGGAGGCUGAGGUCGCUACUCCUGCCCCUGCGAUGGUUGAGGCUGAGGUUGCCCCCGUCGAGCCCCCGGUUGUCGUCGAGGCCUCUGUUGUUGUCGACACCGAGCCCGUCGCCGUGGAGGAGCCUGUUGUCGCCACCCCUGCCCCCGUCGCCGAGGUUGCGACUGUCGCGGAGGCCGUCGCCGUCCCUGAGGUCGUUGAGGAGGCCACCGUCGCGGAGACCGUUGAGGACCUUCCCGUCCAGGAGGUGCCUCAGGAGGUUGCUGUCGAUGAGCCGGUCGCCAAUAUCGUCCAGGAGUCCCUCAUCGCUGACGACAAGGAGGUCGAGGAGCCCCAGCAGAUCAGCACCAUCGCCGAGGUCGAGGUCGAGGAGAUCACCACCCCCGUGGAGACCGUUUCCGAGGUUAUCGCGCCCGUUGAGGAGGUCAAGACUGUCAAGGCUUCGGCUCCUGUCGUUGCAGAGGUCGUUGAGGUCAAGGAAGUUGUCGCCGAGGCUGCUCCUGUUGUCGAAGCCACGCCUGUCGUCGAGGCCGCUCCUGCCACCGAGGUUGCUCCUGUUGUCGAGGCCGCUCCGGCCCAGGACACCGCUCCUGUUGCUGAGUCUGCCGCGGCCGACGUCGUUGCCCCUGUGGAGGCUGCCACUGUUCCAGAGCCUGUGGUUGAGCAGGUGAAGGAGGUUGUCGCCGAGGCCACCGCCCCCGUUGCCGAGAUCAAGGAGCCGGAGAACACGACCCAGACCCCGCCCAACACCGCCAUCCCCGAGUUCAUCAAGGCGGAGGCCGCUGCCGAGCAGAUCCAGGCCGCCGCCGCCGCCCCCGUCGCCGCUGAGGUGAAGGAGGUCGUCGAGGAGGCCGUUGCCCCGGCUGCUGCCCCCACCGAGGUCGUUCAAGAGACCGUGAAGGAGGCCGCUCCUAAGGUGACUGCCCCCGUGGUUGUUGCUGAGGUUGUGGAGGAGCCCGUUGUCAAGGCUGUCGUCGUCGAGGCGCCUGCCCCGGUUGCUGAGACCAUGGUCGAGAUGACCGUGGUCGAGAUCGUUCCGGUCGCUGUCGAGGCCGCCGCCCCGGUCGCUGUCGAGGUCGCCGCUCCCGUCGUUAUCGCUGCUGCUGUCGAGGCUGUUGUUGAGGCGCCUGUCGAGCCUAUCGCCGAGCCCGUCGUCGAGCAGGUCAAGGAGGCUGUUCCGGAGGCCGUCGCUGCCCCCGAGCCCACUACCCCAGAGCCGGUCGUCGAGCAGCCCAUUGUCGAGAAGGCGCCUGUCAAGGAGAUCCCCGUUGAGGUCGCCGCUGUCGAGGUCGCCCCUGUUGAGGUCGCCCCUGUCGAGGUCACCCCCAUCGAGCCCAUCGUCCAGGAGCCUGUCGUUCAAGAGGCCGCUCCUGUCAAGGUGGAAGAGGUCGCUCCUGUGAAGGAGGAGGUCGCUCCUGCCAAGGUCGAGGAGGUUCCUGCCAAGGUCGAGGAGGUUCCCGUCAAGGUCGAGGCCCCCGUCGCUGUCGCCGAGCAGCCUGUCGCCGAGGCGCCAGUCGUUGUGGCGGAGGUUGUUGUCCCCGCCGUUGUCGACACCCCAGCCGCCAAGGAGGUCGUCCCGGAAGUUGCAGCCACUGAACCUGCCGCCGUUGUCAUCGAGGAGCCUGUUGACAAUGUCGUCGAGGAGAUUGCCGCCACCAUCAUGGUCGAUGAGCCCGUCGUGAAGGUCGAGGAGGCUCAGCCCGCUCCCGAGGUUGUGACCAAGGAGGUCGUCGCGGAGGAGCCCGUGAAGGUUGCCCCUUCUGAGGAGGCCGUCGUUGUCGCUGCCGUUCAGGAGGCUGUCGUCGCCGAGGCCGCUCAGGAGCCUGUCGCCGCUCAGGAGCCUGUCGGCGCUCAGGAGCCCGUCAAGGUCGUUGCCGAGGAGCCCAUCAAGGUCGUCGCCGAAGAGGCCGUCAAGGUCGCUGUGGUCGAGGAGCCCGUCGCUGCCGUUGAAGAGCCCGUCGCCGUCGCCGCCGUCGUCGAGCCCGUCGCUGUGGCCGAGCCCGUCAAGGAGGUUGUUGUCGAUGAGCCCGUCAAGGUUGAGGAGCCCGUCGUCUCCUCCACCACCGAGGAGCCUGCCGUCGUCGUCCCCGUCGUCGUUGCCGCCGAGGAGCCCGCCAAGGAGGUCGCUGUCAAGGAGACCGUCGUCGAGGAGCCUAUUGUCAAGGCGGCCGUCGAGGAGCCCGUGAUCCCCGCCACCGAGCCCGUGGUGGUGGCUGCUGUCCCCGAGCCUGUCGAGGAGGUCAACGUCGCUGUCCCGGAGCCUGUCGUCGAGGCCGUUCAGGAGCCUGUCGCUGCUCCUGUUGCUGAGGCCCCCGAGGUCCCAGAGCCCGUCGUCGAGGUCGCCGCGCCCAUUGUCGAGAAGGCCGCUGAGCCCAUCGUGAAGGUCGUCGAGGAGGUCGCUCCUGUGGCUGUUGAGUCCGCCGUCGCCCCUGUCGUCCAGGCCAUCCCGGAGCCCGUCGCCGCCCCCGUCAUUGAGCCCGUCGCUGCUCCCGUUGUUGAGGCUGUGGCCGAGCCCGUCGUCGAGCCGGCCGUGACUCCCGCCGUCGAGCCUGUUGUCGCUACUGAAGCCCCCAAGGAGGUCGCCGCCAAGGAGGUCCCCAAGACUGCCGAGGCCGACGUCACCGUCGAGUCCGCGAUUGCUCAGGCUAUCGAGGAGUCGCAUGCUCCUGCUACAGAUGCACCUGCCCCACCUGUUCCCCAAGCUGAAGAGGUUGCUGUUGCGGCUGAAGUUGUUCCCGAGCCCCAAGUCGUCGCCCCCGCCCCCGCCCCCGCCGUCCAAGAGGCCGAAGAGCCUACGGUUGAGGAAGUUGUUCCGGUCGAAGAGCCCAAGGCCGACGCCCCUGUCACCCAAGACGUCAACAUCACCGCUGAGGAGGCUGCGGUCUUCACCGCUACCCUGAGCGAGGUCGCUCCCGAGGCUGAGGCCACCGAGCCCGCCUCCGAGGGGGACGCGCCCAAGGUUGGCAAUAACGGCAAGGUAAAGCACGACAAGAAGAAGUCGGAGGCGAGUCGUCCUGGCACCUGCCGGAUUCUAUGACUUGCUAUGGAGAUUAACCGCGGUACGCAGACGGAGUUGGAUGAGAGCAAGGACGGAGAGAGUACCAAGGUUGAAGAGAGCAAGGAGAUUGAGAAGGAGAAGAUUCAGAACGAGAGCGAGAGCGAGAACGAGAAGAAGAUUCAGAAGGAGAACAACUUUGAAGACAACAAGGAUAUCAACAACAACAAUGAGGACAAUAACGACGACAUUGCGGCUGUCAUCAUUACCGAGGCGACCGACGACGACAGCGAUGGACUCCAGCUCGAGACGGUCCACAAGGCCGCCACGCGCAUCAUCUCGGCCGAGGAGUCGCUCGAGCACCCGGUUACCUGGGCACCCGAUGUCGACUACGAGGUCCGGGCUGUCGUGUCUGCCGGUGACAAGAAGUGGCGCGCUGCUGUCGAGCAUGUCAGCGGUAGCACUGCCCCCGCCGACGGAAACGACGUUGCCGCCGCCUACUGGAAGGCCGUCUCCGACGACUCCACCAGUGACGACGACCAGUGGGUCGCCGUCAGUGACCCAUCUACCCCCGAGUCCGCCGAGGUUGUCGAGGCUCCUGCCCCCGCGAGCCAGAACACCGACGACGACUUUGAGUUUGUGCCCGCAUCGCCCCACCCCGAGCCCAAGUACUUCGGCGAGCAACCCCAGUCUGCCCCCCAGUCCGCGCCUCAGACGCCUGUCGCCGAGCGGUCGCCCCUCCUCCCCCAGAUCUGGAGGAGGAACGUCCACUACGACGCCGGCGACAUUGUGAGGUACUCUGGUUCGCAGUACGAGGCGACCACGUCCCACUCUGGCGAUGAUGCUCCAUCCCGGUCAACGGCUUGGAAGAGGCUCGGCGCCCUCAGCGGCGAGUCGAACGCCGACAUUGCCCACGAAGAGUCGCACCACUCGCGUACCCCCAGCAUCAUUCACGACGAGCUCCUCGGCCGCCACCGCUACCGCACGAGCGGCGUCGGUGUCCUGCCGUACUCUGACAACGUCGAGGACGAGGUCGUCCGCCAGGUGGCCCUCGCCAACUUCUAUCAACAGUACGGCUAUUUCCGCGAGACAUGGCUCGUCGCUGCCCGUGGCCGCACCAACGGAUACGUGACUGCCCAGCUGCAGGGCGAGGUCCUGCCCGCUGUGCGCUGGCACCUGGUCGAGGGUGGCGCGUUCCCGCUCGACGCCAUCCCGGCCGGCUACGACGUCGACGCCGACGGCAGGAAGAGGACGCUGUACGCUGCCCGCUUCUUCCUGAGCGGUGGUGUCCAGGUCGGCAAGGCCGGACGCCACCUCGCGGAGCGCAGCAGCGUCGCGUUCAAGGGCCAGGAGGUCCCCUCGGCCGCGUUCGAGGUCCUCUGUGGAUCCUCGGCUGCGGUGCAGUGGAUUCCCAGCCGCCCCGGCUACGGUGCCAACACUGGCGGCUUCAAGCCCGUCGAGGGUGGUCGCGAGCGUGAUGGUCGCGCCAUCCUCGUCGUGCGCGCCGAGCUCGAGAGCCAAGGCGUCAUCCCCGGCAAGCUCAUUGUCACCGACGAGCAUGCCAACAUUGCCCAAGACGGCCGCGAUGUCACCGCGUCCUCGUUUGAGAUCCUCACGUAUUCAAAGGCGUAACUUUUACCUGUGACAAGACCCAUUUAGAUUAGAGAACAAGAUCAAGAUCAAGAUCAUAACAGACUCGGACGGAACAUUACCCACAUUCGCUUUAACCCACUGGCCCGUGAAGAAGAGACAAGUCGACUACAUUCCCCCCACACUCAUUUAGAUGCUUAUAGCGCGAGGAGAGUAGUUGAAACAGUACGAAGGUUCAUGCACCAGGAGUUGAACGAG